CCCCACACCAAAAUCCUCAAACCAACAACAUUUCUCCACACUACUAGUUUCCUAGAAAACAAACACAACAUUUCCCACUUCUUCUCUCUUCCAUUUCAAGCUCACUCGAGAAGCCCUAUAAGCACUAUUUCUCAUCGGCAUUACAUAUUAGUUGUCGCUGAAAGCUAGUCCUACAAACAAAACUCCGAGCCCGUCGAGACAAUCCUUUUGCUUUUGGAAAAAAUGGAGAGAGUGACAAAGAUGGUGUCCGAGAAGCCUGUGGUGAUCUUUAGCAGGAGCACUUGUUGCAUGUGCCACACCAUAAAAACCCUAUUCUGUGACUUUGGGGUGAACCCUGCGGUGUAUGAGCUGGAUGAGGAACCUAGAGGCAGGGAGAUCGAGCAGGCGCUCUCGAUGCUCGGCUGCAGCCCCACCGUCCCGGCGGUGUUUAUAGGCGGCGAGCUGGUUGGCGGAGCCAAUGAGGUCAUGAGCCUUCAUCUCAAGAGGUCCUUGAUCCCAAUGCUUAAACGCGCUGGAGCUUUAUGGGUUUGAGAAAACUAACUUAUGAUUGUGAAAGAUAUUAUAUAUAUACUAUAUAUUACUACUCCAGAGUACGCUAAUAAGAGAAUGUAACUCUUUUUUUACUACUUUUGUAAGGUUAGAGUGAGAGAUAUAUCGGAUAAAAUAGCCUAUAGAGCUUGUUAAAGUUUUUAAUAAGCAGGCUUAUAAUUAAUAAUUAGUUACUUGGGAUAUGUAUGCUAUACUAUAUAUA